CUGAGUUCAGAAGACAAAAGGGAACUUACUGACCCUUGAAAAGACGAUUGGAAAUCAGAAGCUUAGUCUAGAGGGGUUAAGAUUACUAGGUGCUGUAUUAAUACUAAGAACAAAUGAAUUCACUACAGAGUUUGUUACUUUUAAAUGCAAUUGGUCUAGUUACCUUUGGAUGCGUCUAUUCCAGUGAGGUGAUCCCUGACAAUGUGAAAAAAGACAUCUUACAACUGGAAGAACACUAUAAAACAAAUGAUCCCAUCUUGGCUGGUGGAGGUCCAUUGUUCCUCAAUGUUCUCAAAUAUUUUGAUAAACAGGAAAGUGGAGACAAGAUACUUCUUAGCGAAAUAGUCAACGUUUAUAUUGAUAUCCUCAAGAACAUGAAAGACACCACUGAAGAUCAGCGUUCAAAAAACAGCACCCAGCAUGUCUACAGUGAGAUGCAGAAACUGAAAGCACGGUUUACAAGUGGGGCAGACACGCUGAAAGAAGAGUUAAAGAAACUAUGGGAAAUUAAGACAAGUGAUCCGAUUGUUCAGCGUAAAGCUAUCCUUGAACUGAAACAGGUGCUAGAAAAAGCCAUGAGAAGCAAAAAACUUCAAAAAAACAUGCAGAAGAGAAGGAGGAGACGAGUAAACUCACCAUAAAUUAUUUCUGACGACUAUUUAUUUUAAAUGUUUAUUUUAUUUAUUGCAUUUAACUUAACAUUGUUAUAUUUAUUUAACUUAACUUCUCAAAACACCUUAAUGUAUUGGUUGAACUGAUUUUACUUGAUAAAAACAACAGUUUACUGCUGAAUUACAUUAGUAUUUAUUGUAUAGUCUAUGACUACCGGCAUGUAACACUUCUUAUUUUUGUAUUUGAAUAAAUAUUUAAUUUAUAUUUAAUGUA